GGUGCAAGGAUACGAAACAUGGACCAAAUGACGUCGAAGUGGACGGAUUUGAACGGGAAAAUUAGCAAGUUCAACGCUUGUUUCAUUCAAAAGAACCGAAACCCACAAAGUGGAGCGAGCGAGGCGACGAUCAUGCAACAAGCCACCGAAGAGUAUUGCCGAGUGUACAAAAAGAGAACUUUUCCACACGUGGGGGCAUGGGAAGUUGCGAGACAUCACCCGAAGUGGGUCCCCGUUGAGUUGGUUGACAUGCGUGGUCCUACGGCUCCAAAAAAACGAGGCGGUUCGAAAAGAUCAAAGACAUCCGAGUCGGGGAACUACACGACUUCCGCGUCGGAUAACUUGCCCGAAAUGAACUUAAACGACGACCCCCUUGACGAACCCGAUCAACCCCUUGACGACCCCGUUGAAGAAGAUACACCCACAAGGCCAUGA